GAUCACCAAUGCAUAAUGGCAAGCAGCUAUUUCAUAAGCCUCGGGAGAGUCUCACUCGCUAACUCAUUGCAGCACAGCAGGCCCUUUGCGUCACCCGACUUGCCACGACCAAGUGGACAUGGACGAGUACUUUUCUGCUCGGCUUGACUGUCGAACUGGCUGUCAUGUGGAGGAAAAUGGAAAUAGCCGUGCCUAGCACGUCGGCCCGCACGUGAACAGGUGCGGUGUUUCUGGUCGGAGCGUUCGACUUUCCCUGCACUAACUGGUAAUGGUAGGUGGGAGAGGGAAGUCGUGGCAGCGAUGUGAAUGAUUUGAUUUCAACCCCUCUAGCCGCACCUUUGCGGCAGUGGCCUUGGCGUUGCCUUGGCGUGGGGACUGAGGGGUGUGCUUGUCCGUGGGUAAGAAAUUCCGAUUCAGUCCGUAAUUCUACAAGAGCGCUGCGGGUCAACUGAAGUGUCGGGAAAGAAGGCGACGCAGGCCAGUGUAGCAGUGCAAUGACGUGGUCAGGGUGCCUGCACACCCACUUGGUGCACCGGUUGCUGAUUUGGACGUUGGCGACGCUCACCUUCCUUCAAGGAGUAUGCGGCCAAGGAGUAUGUCCACCCGGCACUCUGUUGAGACAAGCCACGUCACAUUGUAUCAAUGUGCUGGCCAUAGACUCAGUGGCCUACGAACAGCAACAAGCUCAAUACGAUGGCGUAGUGUUUCCACUGAACAUCACUAAUCCUGGGGCGAUAGCCACUACUCACAUUGGACCUCGUGAUACUCCAGUCCUGAGCUUCACUGGUAGUUUUGGAAUUUCUAUCGCAACACCCCAGUCUGGUGUGGAUCUCUCAUCAACGUGGACAUUGGUAGCAACCAUUGACUUCCCUCAAGCCACAACAACGGCGACCACCGUUAUCCUCUUCUACACCAAUAUGGGCUACGUGAACUACUAUGUCAAGAAGACUGUACAAGGAUCGACAGUGAAAUUUGAUGCCUCGCUUUCAAUGAUUGAUACUUCCAUGAAUGGAGUGACAUCAACGAUACCAUUGGCCACUUCCAGCGACACAAUGCCAGAGUUUGGUCUUCUAGCCACAGCAUUAGUGUACCUGGAGGGUCCCCGUACACUUCGUAUUCUUUUACACGGAAGUGAAAUAGCAUCAAGUGGUGUUACCAUUCAGCCUGGUACGUACUUCAAAGGACUGGGCGCAUCGUCAACAUCUGAUCAUGUUAGCCGUCUGCUGUCUGUGAGGCUCUUCACCGAGGAGCUGUUUCAACCUGAAAUAGUCACUAUGGGCAAUUGUGCUUUGCCAGCCAGCCUGUCAUCAUGUUCAGCAUGCUCUGGACUUGUUGAGCAGCAGAAUUGUCUCUCACCUGCUGAACCACUCUGCUCACCUGGAUUUCUGCAAGGUGACAACUUUACUUGUAAUACAUUCACAUCGUGUGAGGUGCUUGGUGAUCGGCCAACGCAAGACGGGACUGUGCUUAAAGGACCCAAUAAUGCCUAUGCUUACACGUGGAUACUGCCAAUGAACACGAAGAAAAACUGCAACGUCAAGAUAAAAGGGUUUGAAAUCUACCAUUCAAGCACAGCACAAUGUGAUGUAAGACUAUCAGUAUGGGAUAAGGUGGCACCGGGUUUGAAAGCCAAUGAGUAUACUCAGAGAUUUAGUACUGCGAAAGCUCAAAUUCCUGCCACAGCCACAGGACCGACAUUGGCAAGGUACUUCUUCGCCAGUACUCCAAGUUAUACCCUCCCGUACACAGCGACAUCUUACAUUGGUAUAACAACUACCACUGGAGCAUGUCGCUUACUGGGAGAGUCCAGUGCUUCGGUAGGAGUUCGGUACGCCAGCGGUUUCAGCGGCUUGCCAGGCAACAACAAUGAUCGCAUUCUGAAAACUAAAGUCAGCAUGAAGUUGUCACUACGGCUUCUAUUGCAGGAUGAUGAUGAAUGUUCCACAUCAACACCUUGUCAGUCCUACACAAACAAUGUGUGUAGUAAUACAUUUGGAUCAUACAGUUGUGUAUGUAAGAGUGGAUACAGUGGAACGGGUGGUGCUUCCGGUACUUGUACUUACAUUCCUACCACGGUGCCAACAACUACACCAACAACAACACCAACAACAACACCAACAACCACACCAUUAACCACACCAACAACCACACCAACUACCACACCAACCACCACACCAACCACCACACCAACAACCACACCAACAACCACACCAACAACCACACCGACAACUACAACAACUACCACACCAACCACCACACCAACCACCACACCAACAACCACACCAACAACAACACCAACAUCAACAACAUCAUUAGCAGCAACAACACCAGUGACAAUACCAGAAUCUACAGCACCAACUACAGCAUCAGCAACAACGACAAGAGAAGCAGGUGAAACAACAGGAGCAGGAACAACAACAGCAGCCGUAACAUCAUCAACAACAGUGGCAUCAACGACAUUAGCCGCAACAACAGCAGCUACGACAACUGGAACAUCCACAACCGCACCAACAAGCCCUGCAGUGUCAACGGAUUCUCCACCAACAAUAGCCUCUUAUUUUUCAUCACCGUCUUCAUUGGAAACUACGAUACCUACCAACUCACAGGCAGGAACCCAAACUACAGAGUCGUUAUCGACAACGCAAGCAGCAACGGUAACUCAAGGGCCGACAACUGAAGGGCCGACAACUGAAGGGCCGACAACUGAAGGGCCGACAACUGAAGGGCCGACAACUCCAGGACCGACAACUCCAGGACCGACAACUCAAGGGCCGACAACUCAAGGGCCGACAACUCAAGGGCGGACAACUCAAGGGCAAACAACUCCAGAGUCGACAACUCAAGGGCAAACAACUCUAGGGUCGACAACUCAAGGGCUGACAACUCAAGGGCCGACAACUCAAGGGCCGACAACACAAGGGCCGACAACGCAAGGCCAAACAACUCAAGGGCCGAAAACUCAAGGGCCGACACCUCAAGGGCCGACAACUCAAGGGCCGACAACUCAAGGGCCGACAACACAAGGGCCGACAACUCAAAGCCAAACAACUCAAGGGCAGACAACUCAAGCAGCCACAAUAACUCAAGGGCCGACAACUCAAGGACCGACAACUCAAGGGCCGACAACUCAAGGGCCGACAAUGCAAGGGCAGACAACUCAAGGGCAGACAACUCAAGGGCCGACAACUCAAGGGCCGACAACUCAAAGGCCGACAACUCGAGGGCAGACAACUCAAGCAGCCACGACAACUCAAGGCCAGACAACUGAAGGGCCGACAACUGAAGGGCCUACAACUGAAGGGCCGACAACUUUAGUACCGACAACUCAAGGGCCGACAACUCAAGGGCCGACAACUCAAGGGCAGACAACUCAAGGGCCAACAACUCAAGGGCCGACAACUCAAGGGCAGACAACUCAAGGGCCAACAACUCAAGGGCCGACAACUCAAGGGCCGACAACUCCAGGGCAGACAACUCAAGCAGCCACGACAACUCAAGGGCCGACAACUCCAGGGCCGACAACUCAAGGGCAGACAACUCAAGCAGCCACGACAACUCAAGGCCAGACAACUGAAGGGCCGACAACUGAAAUAUCAGCAGUGACAACAACACAGCCAAAAAUCAAACCAACUUCAACCCAGAUGUCGUCUGCUCCACCAACCGCUCCAUCCUCCACUAGCCAUGUUAUAUCAACAUCAUCAUCAUCUUCGUUAACAUCAAUAUUAACCGUCAGUACAACACCUGUGUUUGGUCCGGGCCCUGAGUCACAAUCAUCUUCAUCCUCUACUCUACCCAUUGUAAUUGGUUGUGUAUGCGGGCUAUUGGCACUGGUAGCAGUCAUUGUUCUGAUUGUUCUGGUUAGACGACGACAGCACAAUAAGGGCAGUGCUACCCUGCGCAUGGGCAGUGCUGCAUCGGAUUUCUUGGAAGGCGUUAGUAACUCGGCAUACGGCGUGGCUCUCAACAAUAUGAGUGCAACAGAUGGAGCUAUUCCGUUCCAUGUUGGUCAUAUUCAAAAUGACUACGUAGACAAUCUUGACCCUAGUCCGGAGCAACAUCAAGUAUCUACUGCCAAUGGUGCUGUAGCUGGGGGUGAUGCACAGCGACAGCCAGCACCGCGUAAUGAAUAUGCUACUCCGGCUAGGCGGCCAUCCAGUGUGCAAGGCGCAAGUCAAGCCACUGGUGAGGACACCUAUGAUUCGCUGCAAAGACACGAUCCUGACACGAAUGGUGGAAGUGCUGUGACGACAGGAUCUGCGAUGCAACGCAGUGCCAUUCGUAACUCAGUCUCAACGUCGUUUGGUGGUGAAGGUGACAUAUAUGCCACUCUUGUGAGAAGGGUCGACGAUAAUAAGCCGUAUCAAGAACCACCGAGCACCGUGGAAGACCUGUACUCACAUUUACAGCAGACAGUCUACCAGCAGAUCGGCAGGUCAGCCGUGGCCCUGGGCAAAGAACUGGGAUCAGGGGAAUUCGGUACGGUGGUGGAAGGAACGCUGAGCAUGAAUGAACGCAACAUACCAGUGGCUGUCAAGAUUCUGAACCAGAACAAUGCUGAUGCAAAGAAAUCACUAUUACAGGAAGCAGCGUUGAUGGGACAGUUCAAUCACAUCAAUGUUGUCAGACUCGUGGGAGUUGUUACAAGAGCUGAUCCGGUAUUGGUGGUGCUAGAGUUGAUGUCUGGUGGAGAUCUGCGAUCACAUCUACAUAAGCUACAACCUGAGCACGGCGUGAAGUUGAAGGCAACCGUACCAAGUGAACUGUUACGAAUGUCAAGAGAGAUAGCAACCGGCAUGUCCUAUCUUGCUAAAAGGCAGUUCAUUCACAGGGAUUUGGCAACACGCAACAUUCUCCUGGAUUCAUCCUUAGUCUGCAAGAUUGGUGAUUUUGGAAUGUCACGUAACUUAGCUGAUGAUACCUACUAUGAAUCACAUGGUGGUAUGAUACCAGUCAAGUGGACUUCUCCAGAGGCAUUGCUAUAUCGCAAAUACUCUGUGUUCAGUGAUGUCUGGAGUUUCGGUGUCGUUCUCUUCGAGAUAUUCAGCCUGGGCAAGAAGCCAUUCUUCGGAAUGUCCCCACCGAGGGUGAUCAGCUUUGUAUCUGAAGAUCGGAAACGUCUACCACCGCCACCAGGUGUCAGUCGUGACCUGUUCAAACUGAUGUUACAAUGCUGGCACCCGGAUCAUCGCAAGCGUCCAGAAUUUGAUCACCUGGUGCAACGACUUAGUCGUACGGCUGCCCUACUCGCCCCGGUGCCCCAGUCCAGCGCACUACCACAGCAGGCAUACUCUAUUGGCGGGCCACUGCAUGCUACUGAAGCCAUGUACGAAGAUCUGCAAACAAUGUACUGUGCGCAGCCAUGACUUACUUCUCCACUCUGCAUGACGUCAUGAGUAAGGCUGAAAGUGACGGUAAUGCACUAUCCGUGAUGUCAUAAGCAUCGCUGAGCGACUGAGCAUGAGGAUUAUGCACUCUCCAUGACAUCAUUCUAGUCCUUGAAAGUGAGGGUGAUGUAAUUUUCUAUCUGUGCUGGAUAAUGUUCACACAGCGCCGUCGGACAGUUCAAAGCCAUAACGUAUGAUAUCCACCUUACUGUAUAAGUUAGCACCAGAAAUCCAUUAGAGUCUUCAAUUUGUAGUUUUCCCAUGUAUCCGGUGCCAACGCAAUUUCAGUUCUAGCUGAUACCCAUGUUGACAGUGCAUGUGUACUGUGUUGUACCGCGAAAGAACUUAUCAAGAAGUAGCUCUUCUAGUUUAUCAGCCGAUUGAAGUAAGGACAAGGAAAGACACAGUCCGCUAUCGCAUGCCAACGUAAUUUGUACCUAAUUGAUACUCUUCGUAAACAGUGCAUUCACGAAAUUGCCAUUGUAUCGCUUUUUGAGUUUGGCCUUUGGUCUGUUAUUGUGCAAAUUUUCUUUGUUAAUUUUAAAAGCAUUAAUUAUAUUGAGCAUUCCCCGUUAUUUAUGAUGAAUUAGAUAACUAGGUUUUUUGCUUGGUCGAAUACAAUGUAAAAUUCAUGGUUUAUCAUGAAGCUGUAACAUAUCGUAGAUCCAUUGAAGAUAACCAUAAACUAAAUUAACCUUUAUCACCUUUGUCACGCUCGCAUUAUAGCCAGUUUUGAACUUUCGAUAUCUGUCCUGCUGAACAGCUGAACUUAUCA